AUGAAUUCGGUGACGUCCCAAUCUCAAUCGGCUUUUGUUGAAAAAAGAAAUAUUUUUGAUGGCCCGCUUAUAGUGAAUGAAGUGGUCUCAUGGGCAAAAAAGAAAAAGUUGGAGGUUAUGCUUUUCAAGGUCGACUUUGACGAAGCGUACGAUUCUGUAAACUGGGGGUUUCUUCUUGAUAACAUGAAAAUGAUGGGUUUUCCUAAAAGGUGGAGAAGAUGGAUUAAUGCUUGUUUAUCUUCUAGUAAGGCGUCCGUUCUUGUUAACGGUUCCCCGACAAAAGAAUUUGACCUUAAACGAGGUCUUCGACAAGGUGACCCAUUAUCCCCGUUUCUUUUCAUCCUAGUUAUGGAAGUUCUUGAUGUCUUUUUGAAGCGAGCGGUCACAUUGGGGUUUUAUGAGGGUGUGAAACUCCCUAACGGCGGCCCGGUUUUAACUCAUUUGUGUUAUGCGGAUGACGUAAUCUUUUUGGGGAGGUGGUCGGAUAAGAAUGUGGAUAUUCUGAAAAGAAUUCUUAGAUGCCUUUUCCUAGUGUCGGGCCUCAAGGUAAAUUUGGCUAAAUGUAGUUUAAUGGGCGUGGGGGUUGAAAAUGUCGUGGUUCAAGAAAUGGCUAAAAAUAUUGGGUGCAAAAAAGGUGACAUCCCGUUUACGUUUUUGGGAUUGCCUAUCGGGGAGAACAUGAAGCGUGUGAAACCAUGGAGACCAAUUAUAGAUAAAUUUUCAAAAAAAUUGUCUAGAUGGAAAGCGAAGUCGUUGUCUAUGGGGGGUAGGAUUACUCUAGCAAAGGCAGUGUUAGGUAAUCUCCCUUCCUAUUUUCUUUCAAUUUUUAAAGCCCCGGUUAAGGUCAUUAAAACGUUAGAAGGCAUCCGGCGUGAUUUCGUUUGGGGUAACACGGGCUCGACAUGUAAGAUGAGGUGGGUAGCGUGGUAUAAGGUGCAAGCUCAUAGGAGAUUGGGUGGGCUCGGGUUGGGCGAGAUUCGUAGCCUUAACUGGGCGCUGCUGGUGAAGUGGAGAACAAGAUUCAAAAAUUGUCCAGAUCAACUAUGGGCAAUUGUUAUUAAAGCAAUUCAUGGCACUCCUGAUAGUACUUCUGAUGUUCCUGUGAAGAAGGAGAUUGCAGGAAAUUGGAAGGAUAUCACAAUGGUGUCUAAAGAUCUCGAAAAGGUGGGAGUGCACGGGGCUGAAUUAUUCGGAAUGGUGGGUGCAGAUGGGUCGUUCUCCGUGGCACAAUUUAGGUGGAAAAUCGCUGAAAUUAUGGGUAACAAAGUUCAGACGGAAGGUUUUGGAUGGAAUGUUUGGACCCCAUGUAAAGUCCUUUAUUUUGUAUGGAAAUUGAGCAUGGGGUGUAUUGCAACCAAAUCGGCUUUAGCGCGUAGGGGAGUGCAAGUUGUGGAUACCCACUGUAGUUUAUGUGGGUUUGGGGAAGAAUCGACUAGCCACCUAACCGCCUCUUGCGUCAUGGCUAGGUCGGUGUGGUGGCAUGUGUGUGUAUGGCUCAAGAUUCCGGUUCAUACUCAACCAGCUUCGUACAAAGAUUUCGUGGAAGGCUUAAAAAAGAUCAAAGGGUCCACGGAUUGGAAGAAGGUUAUUGAAGUGAUCUUUCAUGCUACACUCUGGCGGAUUUGGAGAGCUCGAAAUGCGACGGUUUUUGACAAAGUCCCGUUUAACGUCAGCAAAGUGGUAGAAGAUAUCAAAGAAGACUCGUUUUUGUGGAUAAAGUUUAGAUCAAAAUUUAGUGGGCUUGUUUGGGAGAGAUGGCGUGACUUUAAUGUGCGAGACAUAAUCUUGUAA